GCUUCCAGGACUGUUUUGGGGUGGAUGUGAUGACUGUCAACACACGUACAGGUAAGAGCAGCAGGCUGGGAUCAAAGCCAGCAGGUAGCCUGUCAGUCAGCCUUGCAGCGAUCCGCUUGGCAGGAUCUGCUGAAUGUAACUGUGUCUCGGUGUUAGUUUCCAGGCAGAGACGCCCCUGCUGAGCUGUCCUCAGUGUGCAGUGUGAGAGCUGAUGUAAAGACAAAUGAACAGUGACGAACAGAGUAUGAUGCUGCUGUGUGAAAUGUAUUGAAUUACGCAAAACUGUUAUUUUGUGUUGAGCUGUUCUUUGGUUAUUGCACAUCCAGAAGUAGGGCUUUUUAAAUUCCAUUAAUCAGUCUUUAUUUAUAGAGCGUCAAUUUAUCACAAAUGUUAAGCCCCCGGUUGAGAGAUCAGACCCACUCCCCUCUCAUCUUCAACCGCAUGAGUGAAGCAUUUUGCAGCAUUUAUCCAGUUACAGUGGAGAGGAAGAACUUCUUUUAACAGGUAGACACCUGGCACAACAGGUAGAACCAGACUCAGUCAUCUUCCGCUAUUGCGUUAGGUUUGGAGAGUAGAUAAAGGGAGAUGCAGAAAGAGAGAGAUGGGCAGAGGUGAGACUGAUGCAGCUGGAAAGCAGGCAGGUCCACAGCAGCAAAACCUCAGAUUAAAGAGGUUGACCUGCUCUCAGGUGCUCACUGUAAGAGUCACUCUCAAAGGUUGCUUUACUGUCCCUCAAACAGGGAUAUUUUUCCCCUCCUGUUGUGUUUGUUAUCAUUACCUAAGUUGACCCAUGUUAUAAAAUAGUUUGGUCAUUUGUGUGUUUUGAUAAAUCCUGGGGUUUCAAGUGUUUGAAUGUGUUUUUUUGUGUUUUUAGUGGGUCAUUUUGUGGUUAGUUGUUCACCUCACGUUGCCUCUGUUGAUGUAUAUUUAAAGGUAUGAGUGAAACAUAUACCACAUACAGUAUUUGAAUGAACUCCAACACUGUCUGUUUAUUAUCAGCUGUUGUUUGAGGCUAACCCACAUGGACUGACUCAUGUUUGUGUUUACGCAGAGGUCACUUUUGUUCUCACACAGCAGAUUUGUGCAUAUGUGUGUGCAGUUAAGUGUUUAUGGGAAAUGGAGUGAGUGUGGACGUAUAAGGUUUCAGAUUUAGCAGCUCUGACGUACACUGUUGUCUGUGGGUGAACUCAGUCAGAGCCCUCCUCUUCAUGUUUACAACCAUCAGCCUGUGUGUGUGUGUGUGUGUGUGUGUGUGUGUGUGUGUGUGUGUGUGUGUGUGUGUGUGUGUGUGUGUGUGUGUGUGUGUGUGUGUGUGUGAUUAGAUGGAUUUUUGUGAUAUGAGACUGUAGCUGACGCAGAGAGCAGAAGUGUUAGUAUGUGUAUGUUCCAAAACACCCUCAAAGAGUUUCAGUUUGGGGGGAUGUGGAUGAUGAUAGGGGGGAAAUUAAAGGGGGCCAAGGCAGAGUGUGGUGGUGUUUGGAGUCUUUACAGUUUCAAUAUGUUCAAACUUACAUACAUAUAAUUAACAACUUAAUUAUAAACAGCUUUCUCUCUAAUGACUGUCUCUGAGAGAUUUUUCUCGUAAAUACAGAACUGGAUUCUUCUUUCAAGUUGCCAGCUGCAAACUGGUGACAAAAGAGGCUAAAAACAAGCCGCUCUCAGUUUUGAUAAUGUAGAAGAAUACGCAAGAGUCGAGUGUGAAUUUGGGCAUGUAUGCUGUUAAAGAGACCAAAACACAACCAAACUAGCAUGUUGUUUUGCUUAAAACGGGCUCUUUUUUUGGCUAAGUAUGUGGUUCCCAGCGCUUAUGCAACCAGCCUCCAGUGGACACUUAGGGAACUGCAAUUUUUAGCACCUCAUUUCACUGGACUGGGCGUUGCCAGUUUGUUUUAGUCUUGAAUUAAGCUACAUGCAUGAUAUCACUUAAUAUUCUUCUUUUCUUUUCUUUUCUAUAUAUGGCUGUUAGAUUGCUUGGCUAUUAGCUAUCGAUACAACAUUUCCAUUUCUACACAUUUCAGCUUUGAGUAAAUGAACCUUGUGAAAUGCUCGAUUCAUUGAAAAGACCCCUCAAUCACAAUAACCAGUGACCAGCAGAGGGGGGUGUCACGAGUCCAGAUCAUAGACUGUAUAUAGAAUGGACACUGCCUCCCUCCUCGCUGGGUGAAGCCACUCUGAGAACAGCACCCUCUGGUGACGGGCUGCAGUAUAGGUCAUAAAUCCUGCCUCCGCCAGCAAAGCUUAUAGGGCUGUGGACAAAUUUUACAAAUUUGUUACACAGGAUAUAAAUUUUCCUCCCCCCUGCUUAUGAUGUUGACAUGAAGUUUUUGACUGGUUUGUGCUCAAGUCCUCUUUUUUCUGUGCACCUCCAUUUUUUAAAAGUUAUUAGGGGGUUCAUCUUUUCUAUGAUUGACACUUGAUACAGCCUAUUGGCGUACGAAGAUUCUGUAGCUCACCCGGGGAUACGCUGUUUGAGCCGAGCAUCAUCACACCAACUCUCUGCGACUCUCCUGUCGAAUGUGCACAAUGCUACGGCACAAGUGGUGGAGUGCGUACAAUGCUACUGUGCAAACUUGUGUGAAACUUGGUUUCAGGAAAUGGAGAAAAAUCGCAGAAAUACCGAAAGCUUUUCGGCUUCAAAUCUGUAUAUUGGUGGAUACAGUGGAUACAGUCUAUGGUCCCAGUGAUUUGGCAGUGAGUCCAUCCAUACCCACAAUCAUCAACACCACUGUAGGCUGAGCUCACCUCACACAAGUAUCGGUGCUAUUGAAAGAGUCACACAUCUGCAUAAAAACAGCAUGAUACUGGGGGAAAUCAAAAUGAAUGCCCCCCCCCCCCCCCAAAAAAAAAAAAAAAAAAAAAAAAAGGGGGCUCUUUAACAGUAAAGUGUAGGAAAGCUUCUAAAUAAAGCUUACUUUUACACCAGUGAGCUUAAUUAAAAAUUAGCUUAAUUACGUGUUAAAAUUGACCCAGGAAAGCUUCUGAGCUGAGUGGUAGCUCCUGUGGGUAAUACACUCAAUUAUUUACAGGGACCUCAUACAACCUCACUGAGAAAAAUCUUGGGCUAUCCCUGUAAAACCUCUAAUAUAAAGUCCAAACCAGCCAACUGUGAGUCAUUGUACUCACUAAAGCAGUGCUGUAACAAGAGUACCCAUUUUUAAGCAUUUCAGAGAGUAGUUCUUCGUAACUGCUGAAUUUUAAGUUACAACAUAAGAUCUUCUCGGUGAUGUCAGGAGUGCAUCAGAUUUGUUUUGUCUUCACAUGCCAACAUUUUAUGAGCUAUUAUAUGUGCUCAUACUUGUGUUUUCCUGUAAAGACAAAUCUGUGUGAGAACCAGAAUGACAACAUAAUGUGUCAUCAGUUUGUGCCAAUUUGUCUCGAUGUUGUUUUGUGUUAUUGUGCAACAUUUGGAGCACCUGGUGGCACUUAUCUCCACCUGAGAUCUGUGUUUGGACUGAUUGGAUCUGAGUCCUUUCAGUUUUGUCUUGACUGUUAAAAUGUCUGACGGUAACCUCACUCAGAGCAGUGAGGAAACACAAUGAAUAAGACAGUGUAUCAUAAAGGUAUGUCUGGACUUUGACCAAAAUUGCUGCAAAUCCUUGUGGUUUUAAUAUUAAAUGAAUAAAUAUAAAGUCAAAGAUUUACUGCCCAGAGCUGUUUGGUCCUAUGAUAUAUAUUAGUCUAUAAGAGCUCUGUAUAUAUAACCUCAAAUGUUUUCCAGGCUUCUAUGUGACCUAAUCCACACCUAAUCAGCAGAGGCAGACACCCUGCACCGAGCAGGAAAUUUAUUUUCUAAUGCCUCUACAAUAAAAAGUAGUUUAACUGUUUGAGGACCGUAGGGGUGUACUAUGAUGUACAAGUUAUGAAUAAGAAAAGUAGUAUAGUAGUCUAGUAGAGUUUGAUAUGUGUAAAAGUCUUCUUUCUUCUAACCUCUGUCAUGCAUGCUGCUGGAACUUAAAUUUUCUUGAGGGGAACCCCCCCAAAAGUAUCUUAAAAAUCUUUCUUCUAAUCUCAUGUUUAGCUGGGACCAAUAACUUUGACCUGAUUUCAGCUGUUUCUGACUGUUAUCUUACCUUUGGACUAGUAAAUUGUAGGGAUUUUAAAUUUUCUUUAUGAAUUUUAUGUGAUAUUUAUCCAAACUCAUGACCUGUUAAUCUUAUGUUAAUCACAAUGAAAAUGUGUUUUUUUUUUUCUGGGCUCAUACCUGAGGUAGCCAGAGUGAAACUUUUACGUAAAUGAGCAUUUGCAGUGAAACUGAGACCCACCAGAAACAAAUGAAGAGAUGAAACACUGAGGCGAUGAAAUGAACCAAAAAUGAUGCAACCUAUCUGGGCUAUUUUUGACUCACUUGAUCUGAAUACACUGUCACUUCUCAAGUUGCUGACUGGACCGUAAACAAUGCAGCCAAGACUUGGCUAGAAGUUGUCAUAGCUACACCAGAUAUCCAAAGAGGUAGACCAUCAUUCCCCGAGGCCUAAAUUGUUAUGAAACAACAGCUAAUGUAUCAGGAAACUGGUUUAAAGCAGACAGCCAGCUCUCAGUUUCUUCUAGUGAAAAAAAGGUCAAAUGAUGCAUCAGUCACCUAUGUUCCCCAGGGAGCCUGAAGCACAAAGGCUCAGUUACCAGAAAAGUCAAAAACCAGUUAUAAUACUCCUCAUUCCUAACUGGGGAAUCAGUUUAUAUCCAGCUUACCCAAAGAACACCUUGGUGUGCACUUGGAAGUACAGCACAUGUUGUCCAGUACAGUGAAGAGACCAAAUGAGACCCUUCCUUCCUAAUAAUCAGAGUGGACGUCUGAGACCUCAGAGGGAGUCUGCAUCACAGAACUAAAACACAUUCGGUCAUUAUCAAAACAAAGAAAAAAGGAUGUGGGAGGCAGUUUGGGCUGAGCUAUUGUUAUGACGACAGCUGAAGUUUUUCAUUUUUUACCGCUCUGAUUUAUUCAGUUCAUACCACAUUAGCUGCUGACUCACUGUUACUGGAAAGCUGUGGGUCUCAAAGUGGGGCCCAGUGACCCGAAUAGGGGCUAGAAGGGACUUUGAGGAGGACUUCAGCAAUGAAAACGUUGUGACUGAAAUUAAGCUUUAAUUAAAUUAAUAAUAUUGUUAGAUGUUAGAAUUGAUUUACUGUGUUAUUUCAACUAAACUCAGACUUUUAAAAUACGUGUUUAGACGUUAAUCCAAAUGAAAUCCCAUAUCAUUUUGUCUGCUCUUUCGAUUAAUUAUUCAAAAUAUAUUUUAUCAUAAGUUCUUGUAACUUAUGCAUUUAACAUGUGUGUGUGUUCAAAGACGGGAAGACAGAGGGUCAGUCUGCCAGCAAAUCAGCUCCACAAACUCCCUCCUCAUCUCCUAACACUCCCUUACUGCUGUUUUCACACUCCCUCACACACACACACAUACACACACCCUUACACUCAUACAGACACACACUCAACCCCAACAUAACCCUGUAGGUCAACUAAUCUGAGUCCAAAAGAGUUCAUAAGGUAAACUUUAAAAAGUGUUUCAUUUCUUUUGUUUCCAUUGUUUGUUGGUUCUUUUAAAAGUCUGAAAGAUUUUAACAGGCUAUAAUAAGGAGUGAAACAUUUACGUUUGUCUCUUUAUGAUACACAAAAACCGACAAGGUCAUUAUUGACAAGAUUAAAUACUCAUAUGCAGUCCUUUUUAAUGUCUGUACCUGCUGCUAGGGGAAGUAGGUGUCAGUCAAAGAGAAUAAAAUCACCAAAAUAUACACAAACCCAAGCUCCUUACUGUAGGGAUAACAAUAGCUGUAAAUUAAGUUUGUGUUUUCUAUCUAUAGAAUAACUCUGGAAGUGGUCAUCCCGUUUUGUAUUUUCUUUUUGUUGAACACGUGAAUACACAAAAAAUCAUAUUAACAUUAUAUUCAUAAAAUAAAGCCCAAAGAAAUAACAUAUAUUCACGAGACAUGAAAUAUGUACUUCCUGGUGUAAUCACUGUCAAUUUGAAAGGCUUUGAAUCAACAGUCAAUUCAGUAGAGUUGGUCCUGACAGUGGAGGUCUGCAGCCAGACCCCUCUGAACAUUUCUGAAAACACUCAAAACACUGAAAUUUCUAUCAUGACUUGGUUCUCUCAUACUUUAGUUAUCCGCCAGUUUUUCAACAGUGUGUCCCAUUACUGUGUCUCAUACCACCAUGUCAGUUUGAUGUUAAAUAAAUCCAUUAAUUUAUUUUCCCCGAUGCUUUCUAUCCAAUGUUUUCCACUUUUCUUUUUUGUUAUUUUUUUUUGUUUUUAUAAAACUGUAAAAUACAACAAUGUCAAAUCUACUAGACCUCUCUUUGCUGGUUUGCAGAAUUACAGUAAGUCCUCAGAGGUCUGACAUUGCAGUUGUCCCCUAGCAACAGUCUUUUCUCCAUAGCAACAGUGUGCUAUAGAGAAAUAUUAGACUUUAAAAUGCUAUGACUGACCAAUGAGAAUCAACUAUAUAAUAACAACUGUAAGAUCACACUUGACAGAUGCUCUUCAAUGAAAGGAUCUUUUACCACACAAAGAAUGAGGAAAAGAGCUGAAAAAUAAUACCUAUGAUAAGGAGAAGGAGGGGAGGGAGAAGGAGGAGGUGCAACGAGUAAGUGGGGAGAAGGGGGAGUCACUCUUCCAAUAGUUUACACAGUGCAGGGGUAUAAAGCAAACCUAUCCACCUCCCUCCCGUCCCCUCCCUUCACAUUUACUACUCUUUCCAUGUUGUUUCUUCACUCCACCACCACCAACACCCUCCCCCUUUAUCCUCCCUUUCUCCUCCCUCCUCCAGUCAAGCACGGAGGAGUGAUCAACCUGAGAGUUUAAACAAACCAGAGUGCCGGCAGAGCUCACACACUCUCUCACACACACUUACAGCUGUUCAGGGCUGAGGAAACUGUCGGUGAGCUGUAUCGGAAAGCUAAGGUUGGGAUCGGGUGAGUGACGGUUACCUCACUUCUGUGUUUUAUGGCUGUUAGGAAACACUCUUGGCUCAGAGAGACGUGCGCUUUCUUUCUGUUACUCUGACCCCUCAAAAAAAGGUGUCUUGGUUGGUGUAAUGCAAUACAGAUGAGCAGAGCAGUUUGUGGCACUUUUUUAUGGUAGAUUCUGAAUGAAGGCAGACUGUCAGAGCUUGAAUAUUUUCUUAAUGAGUGCAUUUCUCCACAGGUCCUCCUUGGUUGGUCAGGUCUUUUAUGGAUCUUUUAGGGUUUUUACAGCUGUUCACAGGCUAAAGGUCAAGCUUCAUCCUUUUUGUGUUUCAGACGCACAACAGAGAGAGACAUCUUUACUUGUUGAAGGAGGAGCAGCCCCAGUCGACCAAGGGGCUAAGCUGAAGGAGUGAGGAUAAAACAGACCAGACGUUUGCUCCCCCUCUGCAAACUUUCACCUCACAGCCCUUGUCCAUCAUCCCCCCUUCCCCUCCAUCCCCUCGAGCCAAACCCACUGCACUCUGACUGGAGAUACACAUUCCCCACUGACGAGAAGAUCCACUUUCUGUCCAGUCUGUUUACAGAGCGUCACCAGUGGCUAAAGCUGCACCAAUGGAAGCUCCAACCCUGGCUGAGAUGGGAGACUUGUGUCACCCCUGCUCUUCUUCUCCAGAGGGAGAGACGGUGUGUGAUGCUCUGGCCCGUUUUGAGAACACCCUUCGGGACGCCAUCAGGGAGAUUCAUGUGGAUGUCAGCACUUUCAAGCUGGGUAUGGAGCGCCGUAUGGAGGAGACAUCCACCCUGACUGGGCCUCUGGGGCGAGCUGUAGCUCAGCUCCAGCAGGAGAACCGGCAGCUCAGGAGUCAGCUGGAGGCUCUUACCCGACAGGUGGAGCUUCUGACGUGUGACAGGAACACCUUGAUGAACAACAGCCUCAACCACAGCCAGAAUCACAAGAACCACCUCAGUGACAUUCAGGAGAACCAUCAGGAGAUAAAAGAGGUGAUUUAUGGGAAGGGUGAGGCUCACACUCAGAGCCAGGCUCACCUCCACAUCCCGUCCUGUAGUCUGGGCAGCCCAGCCCAGAACUACAGCCUCAGCAGUCAGUCCAGUCCUGCAUCACCACCUGCAGCCUACUCAUCCUCACCAAGCUCCAGCAGCCCUCCUGUUGGCUCCAGAGUUUCCUCGAUGAUGACGGGCCCGGUGUCCAACAGCAGUCCAUCCACUGCUCGCUUCUCCAGCCGAGCCACCUUUGCUGUGUCAAGCAAGACUAAUGUGAGUACUGCUGUCAUCUUUAAGAUGAACUUGAGUUUUUGUAAUGAUGAAACCUGUUACACAGCUAAACGUUGUAGCCAUGUAUCUUGUAAAAACUUAAGAAUAAUCUGUGACCUUUGGCAAACUGAAUAAUAACUUCGUCAUUCGUUGAUUAAAAAGUCAUCUCUUAAUCAUGCCUUAAAGCUCCAUGUAUUGUUGACAACUAUCACUUUCCUUCAGUGAAGAACAUGUUAGUCAUCAUUUAAGCCUUAAACGAUGACUCAAACCAGAACGAAUCCCUUUAAUUUAUAAAAGUAUUUGCUAACUGUUUCAGACACUUGCUGAGCACAUUGCAAAUUGUUUAAACCAGCUACCUUUGUAGUUUUUAGCAGUAUUAAUUAUCUUCAACCAGCUUGAGACUUGGUGAUUUGAACAAACAGUUUGAACCAUUGUCAUUUCUUUAAGUUAACAGAACUGUUAAUUUAUAACGUCUUGCCUUCUUUGGCAUUACUAUCUGCUGCUAACUUUAUGAAUAACACAAAGAUAACUGCUUUGAAUAUUUGGUUGACAUAUAAGUGAGGGAAACUGGACAGCUUCUUUUAACCAUGACUUAACUAACUACUUCAACCACUUUAAAUAAGUUCACAGUUUUAACCAUAAAUCCUUUUUUCAAACUUUAGUCUCAACUUCAGCUUAAUGUCUGAGCUAUUUCUGAGCCCCUGAUCACAUUGAACAGCCAUUUGCUUCUCAUCUUAUUGUUGCUGCAAUUUCCACUCAUAUUGUAUAUACAGUAUAUUGGCUUGGUAAAGUAACAUUUAUUUAAGUAUAUUUUCAGGCAUCCUUUACCAGCUGUAGAAGUAUAAACACCAGCUGUAAACUAAAGCUUGACGUGUAGAAAAAGAGAAGAAGUGCAUUUAAGUCUCAAAGAAGUUUGUGCAUGACAGUGUGUAGUUUCUGACCUCCUGGGCUGCUGCACACAGAAGCAUUUAACUUAUUUGUACUGACCCACCGCUGCAAACUCAAUUACCAGAUCUUUUUCAACACAGAUGGAAAUUUGAUAUACAAUUCCAGAGGAGCUAAUCCAGUAAUUGGGAUGUAAUUUCUAGUUUGGGACAGAGCUGCUGUGGCAGAGAGGCAGAAUGAGUUUUACUGAAGCCAUGUUAUAUUGUGGCCGGGUGGAUAAGUCGCACAACUCACUGGCUGUGCCCCUGUGGUUUUACAAUGGCUCACCGCCGGGAUGUUUAAGGAUUUAUGAAGUACAGUAACAUGAGUCGAGCUGCUCCUGGGAGGUGAGGUUAGUGUGGUUGUGUGGCUUUCAGACCUGACUCAAAUAUGUGUAAUAAGCAUUGUGAAAUGGAGGCUCUGGUUUGUCAUUUUAACUGUCAUCUCCUGCAAAUUUUGCAAGUCUAUUUUCAAGGAAUUUCACGUUUUAGCUUCACCUGAAAGACUGUGAUCUGGUGUCAAAAUAAUCCAAACCUCCGGUCUUAAAAACCUCCUUCUUUCUGAGCAAUCUAUUACUGGUGGGAUUGUUUACUGAGUUCCUGGAGAGCUGACAUUUUCUCAAUCACAAGGGUGUAUCAAAGCCGGUUUUAUGUUGUGUCUGUGUCUGGCUUACAUCAUAUCUUAUUGCUUGCGGUGACCAGAUGGCCUGUCUCGUGUUUUAGAGCACAGUGGUUUUUGAGUGAUUAUCAGGAAUAGAUUUUCACUGUCACCCUGGGAUGCUGCUCAUAAACGCACGUCCUGUGGAGUUGGACUUGAAAUUCAUCUUCGAGUGCCUGAAAGUGAUCACACCAGAUCAUAUCUCUGCUACAUAGUUGGACAUGUGCCUGUCUUUGACUUGAUUUUUGCUCUGAUGAAACCAAAAAGGGAAUAUCCCACCCUCUACCCGUGCUGUGGGUCCUGUUUCCCUCAAGCAGUUGAUGAUGAGUGUGCAGUUUUCCUCUAGUAGCCCUUAUUUACAGGAUUGCUUUCCUUUGUGUCUUGAUGCAUUUCUAGAAAAUCAAAAAGGACACGAGCUGAGAAAAAUCAUCUACAUGGGUUUGAGUGUGUUUAUGUGUUGCAACUCUGCAGGAAUUUCGUGAAGCAAACACUUACCAAUCAUCCCAUUGAUUCCAGGAACUAAGCACGCUUGCUGUUUGCUUUUUUGUCUGUUUAUUUGUCAGAUUUCUUUUUCUUGCAGCACUAUCCAAUUUCUGCUGUCAAUCCGUGUGCUCUGAACAAGAACCAAAAGGCUGAAUACUGAGUUCAAAUCUCCAGAGCGUGCUUCCUCAUCUGCUCAAAAACAAACAUGCAAGGCUGUCAUUUUUUGAUCACAUUUUUAUUGAUUUCAUGCAUGUUCAAAUAGAUAGCUAAGUUGGCUACUUAACAGAUUAAUAUCUGUACAUGUGUAUGCAUUACCAUACAUACUACCAUGGACAAAAUAAGGCCUUGCACCAUAUACUUUAGCCCUUGUUCUUGCAUUGUUUGAAUAGGAUCCAUGUCGCCUUAUCCACACAGAUUUCUAGUCUAGUGAGAGUGACAAAACAAUUCCCAGAUUCAUGACGGUUUUUAAGAGUUUUCCCAAAAAGUUAAGGCUUUAUAUAUGCAGAGAUAAAAGUCAGUCAUACAGGACUUUUAAAAAGAGAAGAGUUUCUCAAGCUGAGGGGGAAAGAGGGUGCAGUAAGAGAAAUGCACUCCUAACAGUAAAGUUUGUGCAGUGAUCAUGAUAGUACUCAUAUCUGCAGGCUAAUGCAACGACACAGACAUAAAAGUUAUCACAGGAAGAUUAGCAGCUGUGAUAAUAGUACAGGUACAGUAGACCAGACCACAGUGCAGUGAGGAUGAGUUUCCAGACAGUUUAUAGGCUUCAGUAGCUAAUGUUUUAAACUCUCCAAUAUCACUGAAAUAAUCUCUAAACAUUUCUGCACUUCAUUCUGUUGUAAAUAAUCAGCUUCAGCCUACUGUUACAUCAACAUUUCGCUUUAAUACACAGGUACAUCUCAUAUUCAGGCAGCGUACAGAUGCCUCAAGAGCAGAUGUCAGCUUUCAUGUAUCACGUGUACCUUUCUGUCAGUCAACAGAAUAUAAUCGCGACUUUUAUUAAGUGUUACAUUUAAAUCCAAAAGUAAACAGUGAACCCAGAGACUGUAAAUCAAGUGUCAAACUGUUGUACUUUACAAGCACUUCAAAGCUGCUGUGAGUCACUUGAAUGUCAGAGGGUUGUUAUUGACUUUUAAACAGCUUCGUCAUGCUGUGGAAAGUUUGACAUUUAUGAGGGGGGUAUUAAGAUAGUUUUUUUUUUUCUGUGAAACAGAGUUGCUUCAUCACAAAGCUCUGGCUUAUCUGAAAGUCCACCACUGACACGACGCAUGACCUCUGAAUAUCCUGUGUGAGUGUGUUUAGUGCACCAUCACAGGCAGCCAACUAUCAGUGUAGUAUUUUAAAGUAUAGGAUUUAACAACAGCAUGCAUUUCUUAUCAAAGUUACUGCAAAGUUUACAGAAAAAGAAAUUACUGAGAAAAAAUGUUUAAAACACAUGCACCUUCAUGCACACAUUAUGCAAAUUAUGGUACCUCCUGUACCUGUAAUUACCAAACUAUGUGGUGGAUACAUCGCAUGAAUGUUAUCUUCCUUGAAAUUGUGCGGUCAGAGCUGAAAACACAAGGAUACCUUUGUUUCUGUGUGUCUGUACUAUGGGAGAUCCCCUGCUGUUAGCCAAAACCACUGCUGCAGAUCAAAACAUGAGAGGAAGAAAAAUACUUUGAUAUACCGCCACGCCACAGGAUUACAAGGGGAGGAGCUAAAACUGUGUGUGUGCGUGUGUGUGUGUGUGUGUGUUUGUGUGUGUGCGUGUGUGUGUGUGAUUAGAUGGAUUUUAGUGAUAUGAGACUGUAGCUGACGCAGAGAGCAUAAGUGUGUGUGUGUGUGUGUGUGUGUUGGAGGCGGGGGGGAGUUGACACAAUAUAAAGUACAGCGUUUCAUAUCAGAACGACAAGACAUACAGUGUACAACUUAAUGCCAUGUGUAAUGUUAUAUUACAUGUAAUGUUGUGAAGAAAGUGUAAGGGCCUGUGUCCACCAAUACUGUUUCAUUGUUCUGGCAGUACCUAUCUUGUGUUCAAAGGUAGUUCUGUGAUUUUAGUGCUCGGCUUCUUCAGCACAAAAUUUUCUGUGUACCUCAGUGUAUUGACACUGAAGUUAUGGGUGCUGCGAAGUUUGUAGUUAGUGGAGAGAGGCUCUUGUUUGGCUUUUGGAAUCUGGCUUUAUCUUAACUGUUAGGCAACACACAAAUGUUCUCCUGCACUCUUGCAACUUCAUUUGCAUGUUACAACAAACAAGCUAUUUUUAUUUAUGCACACAUUUAUGCAUAUGAGUCAGCUGCAUAGACUGUAUAUACUAUGAACAACUUGGCUCCGCCUUCCAUCAUUACACGAAUUUGAAGCCAAAUUGCUCUCGGUAUUUCCGAGUUUUUCUCCACUUCCUGGAACCACCACUUGCACAGUAUGUUGUAUGCAUGUAUGUAUGAGAGUCACUGUGAUGACGCUCUGCUCAAACAGCAUAUCCCCCAGGUGAGUGAUGCAAUCUUCAUACACUCAUAGGCUGUAUCAAGUGUCAAUCAUAGAAAAGAUGAACCCCCUAAUAACUUUUAAAAAUGGAAAAGAGAAAAAAGAGGACUCAAGCACAAACCAGUUUUGCAAUAACUACAUAUCAACAUCCCAAGCAGGGGGGAAAAUUUUUAUCCUGUGUAAUAAAUUUCUAAAGUUUGUCCACAGCUCCAUAGAGAUUGCUGGAGGAGGCGGGAUGUAUGGCCUAUACUGCAGCCCGUUACCAGAAGUUGCUGUUCUCGCAGUGGCUUCUCCCAACGAGGGGGAAGACUGUGUCCAUUCUAUAUACAGUCUAUGGUCAGCUUCAGUUAGGUUUGGGUACCUGCAUGGUCAGUCAACAAGAACACCAUUAGCUGUAACAUAAAAGAAAAUAGUUUUUGUAACACCUAACAAGGGUGGUACAUGGUUCAAAGCUCCAGUACUGGGAUGGAAUGCUUCUUGUCCAAUCAGAUUGCUCGAUCGUUAUGGUUAUAUAACGAUAAAUGCAGCCUGGUGUUCCUGCCACAUCCUCACCCAUCAGAUGGAAACAGACAUGAGGAGGAUACAGUACAUGAGGUUCAGUAGGCUGUUCUAACAGGCCUGAUUAACGUGAAAUGUACACAAAUACACACACACACACGCACACACACACAGACAGAGAGAGAUAGAGAGAGAGCUGGCUCGACUCCCAGUUGAAGCUCUCUGCCAUAGAGGUGUGUGUAUUCAUGCGUCUGGCUUCCAGCCUGCUCUCCAGCUGUUUCUGUGCACCUUCAUCAUGACUUUCUGAGACCUGCUGAAACACACCUGCAGCUGGCAUCUGUAUGAGUGAUGAACACCAACUUUCCUUUAUUCUGCUCUGAAUGUGUCUUUGAUAUCCAGCCAUAGUUUUUAAUAAAAUAUGUUUCUUUUUAUGGCAUGAGCAUAAAAAGUAAUGACGAGUAAUGUAUUACAUUUCCAACUGUUCAGACUCGGUACAUGGAAAUUCUUGAAAGGAAAACCAGUGUAUGUGUCUCUGUGUUUUCAUUAGGGAGGUUUGUAAGGACAGAGCUGUUGAUAUCCUUUAAUGGUUCAUGGUAACCGGAAUUAGUUAAGAUUAGGAUUAGGGCAAAGACCUAAACCUCCUCAACAAUGUCUGCACUUCCUCCUCUACCCCCGUACACCAUCACACUUUCAUGCAACCCCGCUGUAGCCAAUUACAGUGCUAAAGUAGCCGUGUCAAUGAGCCAUUGUGCUGGUUCAUGUGCUUCAUUGCGAGUACAUGGAGCGGGGAAGGAUUACUGAAUCGACCCCUUUUCUCCUCUUCCUCUCUGACUCAUUCUUUCAAUCACUCCUCUUCUACAUCAAUCCAACCUGAACCUUCAUCUCACCGAUUUGCACCACAUUUUAAAAUACAACUCCCUUUUUUCUUGUUUUCUGGUCCGUGAUGCACCGAACAUUUCCUGUCAGUAACAAGUCAGGACUUCAGGAAAGCAUCACAGAGUCUGGCUUUUCUAAGUGAUGAUAACAAAUCAGGUACUAUCUUAUCUUUCAAGUCGAGAAUGUAGAAUCUGUGAUUUCCAAAAAGAUUUUAAGAUUUUUAUUCGUCAGACCAGAAGUGUGUUUUCUGCUUUGCCUCUGUUCAUCUUGGGCCCAGAGGAGUCUCAUGCAUUUCUAAAUCACUCAGUAUGUUUACAUCCACACCAAAGACGAGCCACAGUCACAGCUUGAAUUAAGUUGAUCUCCUGUCUCAACAUGCCCCCUUUCAGGUUGGCCAAAACAAUCAACAAAAUGCCUUGGCAAGAUGCUAACGGGUCUGGAAUCAAACUAUGGAAACACCGUCACCUUUACAGCUCUGUGCCUUUUGUUUGUAUGAUAGGAAAGAUAUGUGUUGUCUUUGUCUGUUCAGGUUCCUAGAUGCACGUUUAAAUUCCAAGCCAAAGCUAUGGGUGCAAACCCUUUACCCAAGAGGCUCAGAAUGUUUUUGCCAAUUUCAGUCCAAUGAAGUUGUGUACAUGAAAAAAAAAUUAUGCAGGCACUGUCCAGGUGUGUUUGUCCAAACUAUGAGAAAUUUGAUUUAGUGUGAUUCAGGUCAGAUUAUUGUUUUACUGUUUUUUAAAGUUCAAUUUCAGUCGUACCAAAGCGAUAACUAGAUUUUUUUGAACAAAUGUAAACGUGCUGAGAGUUAUCAAUACUUUUCCAUUUGCAUGUGACAGUUUAACCUGCAUUUGUGGAUGCACAAGCAACAUAUGUUCAUGGAAAGUGGUUUCGAGAAGUAAUAUUCAUCUGAUGCAGUGGUUUUCACUACAGAGUCACAUCUGCAUUUCAGGCAGUGUUGCCUGAGAACCCCAAGAUUGUGGGUUUUCUGACUGGUCCCUUUUCUUCAGAAGUUUCUCCAGAUUUUUAAAGCUUUUACUGAUUUUGUUCAGUCAAUGCUGAAAGCCCCAAAUUCUCUUCAAUUCGACACAUCAAUCUGGUGAACGGUCACAGUGUAACAUGAAAUACUCAAACCCAAAAGUUUCUUUAAAAACCAAGAGACUACUCCUGCAAAGACUUAAACACACAUUCCUACAACUCUUUAUGUGUGUGUGUGUGUGUGUGUGUGUGUGUGUGUGUGUGUGUGUGUGUGUGUGUGUGUGUGUGUGUGUGUGUGUGUGUGUGUGUGUGUGUGUGUGUGUGUGUUCAUUAGCAGAUGAACAGAUCAGAUAAGUGCAGUCAGGUCAGCAGGUUAUCUACAGGUCUCUUUAAAAGCACACACACGAGGUGCAUUUGAUUUAUGGAGUACAGCACUCCCGUCACGUUACAUAAGAGGUGAGAUUUCUUAACAUUUAAAGGCUGAGUAAAAGACGUACAUACAUUAACUGUUGGCUGUAAAUAUGUCAUGUGACUUUACAUUUUAAUGGCGUCUAUAAAACAGGCUGUACACUAAAUGGCUCUUUGGCAAAAAGCACUUAAAGUUUUCUAAACAAAGAGUAAGCACACCCACAUCAACUUCAGUGUUUGGAUCAUGGUUUCUUAAAAUGAGCACAAAGAUGUGGUCACACAUGGAACCUCUUUGGCCCCUUUACCUCGCUGGUUCUUUGGCCAGUUAAGGCCAACCUGACCCAGAACCCCAGUGGGUGAGACACUUAACAAGGACCUCAUACAACCCCUCUUAAAAAAACUGAACUCGCUCUAUAACGAUGGGAAACAAACUGCGCAGAAGUCGUGUUUAGUGUAAGUUUACACUGGCGGGAAUAAACGCAGAAUUGCUUUUAAAUUAUCCCCACACAAAGCAACAGGAUUUGAUGGAAAUGUGGUUCCAAUUUCUAGGAGCUCCAUCUCCCCCUAACAUUACACAACCUCGAUGCUAUCUGUUUCUUAUCUUCAUGUACACAUUCUUAUGAGCAGCAGGUCUUCAGUUUUCAGUUUUGUCACAGUCUGAGAAUAAUCUGAUGGAUAGAUUGAGUUCACUGGAGGCUCUGAAAUGUUCUGAUCUUGGUCCAAACUAAAUUAGCAACUAGCCGGUGUGCAUGUUUGCAUAAAUGGAACAAAUGAUGUCAAAUGAAAACACUCAGCAGAGUGAGGUAUAGAUGCAGUGGUGUUAAAAGACGGAUAAACUCAACCAGUGCUGUUUUCAUCCAUGACAUCAAAGAAAACUCCUGCACUGGAGGGGAAUUUAGGGGGAAUAUGUAGAAUCCCAUGAUGCAUGGAUAGCCAUCAAAGUUAGCUAGCUUUUAUGAACUAACAACACACCCUAGAUAUACAGUAGUAGCCAGCACAGUCCUGCCGAUUGGCCCUCUAUAACAUCAGGAGGAUCACACCCUACCUAACAGAGCACACAACACAGCUGUUGGUACAGGCUCUUGUAAUAUCCUGCAUACUGCAACUCCUUACUGGCAGCACUCUCUGUGUGCACAGUCAAACCUCUGCAGAUAAUCCAAAACGAAGCAGUCCGACUGAUUUUUAACUAACCCAAACCAGCAUAUGCCACUCCGCUGUUCAUUUCUCUUUACUGGCUUCCAGUAGCAACCUGCAUUAAAUGUAAAGCCCUACUUCUUGUCCACUAAACUGCAACUAAAUCAGCUCCUGUUUACCUGCAGUCUCCUAUCCCAGAUCUAAAUUCCCUCCUGCCUGUUACGCUUUGCCAGUGAUAGGCGCCUGAUGUUCCCAUUGAAACAAGGUCCUAAGUCAUUUGCCAGACUCUUAUCUCCUGUUGUCCCUUGGUGGUGGAAUGAAAAACCAAACUCUAUCAGAUCCUGAGCACUGAACAUUGCUGUCUUUGAGAGUCUCUCUGCAAUAUUCCACCUGAAGGCAAGUCAGCAGAGCGAUGUCUAUGGUCUCUGUAUCAUUGUUUCGACAUGUAAUUACAUUCUUUGGGAGGUACUGUGGGUGUUGGGCUGCAAGAUAGGCUUCUGCUACAAUACAAGGCUUUUCGGACCUAUAUCGAAUGCUUUGGUGUGAGUUUAAUGAAGAAUUAUAAAUCAGGCUUGACUUCACCAUCAAUGGAAAUGUUCAGUUAUAUAAAUCAAUGUAUCAUUGGGAGUGAAGGGGUACUGAUGGCCUGGCAGUCUAAGCACCACACACUGACAAGUUGUAGUACUUGUUGCAGUUGUUGCUGGUUCGAUUCCCAGCCAGGACCUUUUGCUGCAUCUCUUCCCUUCCUCUCUUCCUUCACAUUUCCUUUUUCUCUUCAGCUGUCCUAGCUAAAAAAGAUAAAAAUGCACCAGAAUUUUACUAAAAAAAUAAAAGUAAAAAUACCGAUUUCUCAACUCAGUGGUUGUUUCAUAAGUGGGUCUAUUUUUUUUAACUUUGUUCUUAUUUAAGUAGCUGUACAUCUUCUUGAGUCAGGACUGUGAGUUUAUCUCUGAGAGACACUUGACAUAAAACACGCCGUCUGUGGAGACUUCCCACACAGGCUGAGCCGUCUCCAACUGUCUCUCACACUCUGACGUCUGAUCUUUACACCGUAGACUGAUUCCACCCAAACUGAUCCAUCCAUCCAUCUAUCUCUGCUCUGUGGCCCCUUCCUCACCCUUUCACCCCUCCCCCACUUUCCCCCAUCAGAGCUGUGCUUAAAGCCUGGAUUCCUGGCACCCCCCUCCUCUUUCUCAGUGGCUAUUAAUACAGUCAUGACUGGGACACAGAGCAGAGUUUUAAGAUGCUUCUGUGGUCAAAAACACACAUUAAAAAGCUUUUACUAACUUUACUAAAACACUAAACAUAUAAACUAGAAUUUAAUCAUUAUUUCACAUAAUAAAACCACCAAUCAUCAUUUCGGCGUCUUCUUUAAUAGGCUAAUACACAAUUCUGCUCAGCUUAGUUAUAUUUUUAUCUUUUGUUGCACUCUGUCUUUUCUUUUAACCCUUUAAACUCUGUAUUUUUGUCUGACUUAUGGUUCUGUGUUGUAACUCUUAUUUGACCAUUAUGUAAAUUUCUAGAGAUUUUUCUAAUAAAGAUGUGACAGGCAAUUGAUCUGCACUGUUAUCAGAGAAAUGAAACAAGUGAAAACAGGUCACAGCUGAAAAAAGAGAGUAAAAGGAGUGUGUAUCUUUGUGUGUUUUUGAGUGAGUGAGUGAGUGAGUGUGUGUGUGCGUGUGUGUUCUCAUGCUGGGGGUUUUACAGAGGUAUGCAGCCACUCCCAGGCUACCCCUGGCUCUCUUAAUGACUUCCAGACAAUAGGCCGUGUUCCCGUCAUCAUCUCUGUGGAGACAGGUUAAUAAGUGACCGGUCGGUGGGACAGCUUGCCCCCUCUGCCCUCCAGACCAGAGACUUACUGGAAAUCAACUUCAGGAGUUAACGUACCUCUUUGGCUGUAUCAGCGCAGUGCAUCAUGGGAAGCUGCAGUUACAUCUAGUAUUAAGAGGACUACUUCAGAAACUCUUUUUAAAUCCCUCUUCACACACGCCCUCUGGAAAAUUUACAGUCAAUUUUUGGACAGCCUCUGCAUGAAAUCACACCUCAUUAGUAGCAAAGACUGUCACGUGCAUUCAGUGUUUUUAUGAAGAAAAUACUUCACCGUACUCUCACCUGCAAUUAUAGUUUUUAUAUCCUCCUCCUUCAAAGGCUGCAUAUGUUUCCCUCUCAACUCAAAGUGGUAUCUCCAGUGAUCUUCCUCAUGGAGAAAUUGCAGGCUGCAUGAAUGUAUUUGAAGAACAGGUGGUUUGACCGUGUCUCUCUUCCUCUGAGGAGAUUCCUCUGGAGACUCCUGAGAGGAAAUUACAGAGCAGGAGUCGCUAACUGCUUCCUGUAAGGAGACUCUGAUAUCUGUGCAGUAGCUGCGUUUACACAUGAUCAUGCUUUUUCCUACUCUUAUGUUACAGUUGCACUCAUACUUGAGCUGUCUUUGCUGCUGUUUUACUGGUGUUUCAGUACAAUGCAAAGACUAGCUUCAUCAAAAUUCAAACUUGAACAAAAGUGGAAGUUUUUUUUUUUAAGUGAAGGACUUUUUAGAUGGCUUAAAUAUGUAUUUCCCUCAUCUGCAGUGGUGCCAAGAUUUGUUGACCGGUAGUAACUGUUGCUAGCUUCUCCGAACAGGAGCUAUGCUGAAGGUCAUCUACUGUAUUUUUUUUGUAUUUUGUUUAUUUAGCACAGAUUAAAAACAGUGCAAGGAGGGAACGAAGCCGAUGGGCUUAUACAGAGUUCCACUCCCGUCAGGUCAGAGAAAACAUAAGGUGCAGACAACUAAGUACACAGACUGGAACACAGACAAAUCAGCAAACAGUGAUAAAGAAAAUAAAGUAUUUAUAAAAAGGAAAGAGACUACUGCACAGUGUUCACUCUCUAUUGACGAGAAAAAAAAACUUUACAAAUGUUGCACUUAUGGGUAAAUGGUACAAUGGUAAGCCAUUGAGAAAGCAGCAUUUGUCUGAUUGAGGGUGAAAUGUUAAAACCUUCAUCUCCACAAGGUGGCAGUAUCGACAAUAAAGGCUCAGGGAGAUGUGCGUCUGCCAGUCACUCAUGUUUACAUAGCAUUAGCAUCCAUGUUCGCAUCAUUUUUUGUUUUUUUUUUAACUUAUUUUUUUACUACUUAAAGUGUUCUCAGUGGUCUUUCAAUUGUCAUUAUUGAAAAGGGCUUUUCUUCUGCAGAGCUCCAGUAGCUCAUUAGCCAUUCGCCUCUGAGUCGUGGACAGAGACAGCGCUGCUCUGCACGCUCCUCUUCAUGCUAGCUUGCUGCUUAACAUUGCUUGUGCAGCAGAAGUGUCAGGUAUCAUAGAAGCUAUUCAGCUCUUUUACACUAAUGUCUUAAGGGACAUGAUGAAAGUUAAUAUUAUUAUUAUUAGCUUUCUUACGAGCAGUGCAACCCGCUACCGCACACUCUUUUUCCGCAAUCGUCCUCUCUACUCCUUCUCUAUAUGCAGACUGUAGCCUGCAUAGCGAGGCUCCAGGGGCGGAGCUUGGAUUUGCUACAUAGGAAAUCUCACUGUUUCUGAAUCUGCCAUUCAGGUCUGCCAGAGAUUCACAGCAAUUUGAAUGCAGAAAUACCCAGAAGUGCAAUUUUGCACUUAGUUCUCUCAUGAUAUGUCCUGUAGCAUCAGAAAAAUCCCAUAUGAACAUAUUUUUUAUAUGUUCAUAUGGGAUUUUUUUUAUGCUAAUCUUGGCACCACAAGAAAAACACGAUUUUCUUAAUAGUGGGUCUUUUAGAGAGGUAGAGAAAAGCAAGGCCUCUGCCUCAGCAUGUCCACUACACUCCUGUGACUCCUGAGACUCCUGUGAGAUAAGUUUGUCUAUGGAGCUGACUCCAGUUGGUGCAGAACCCACUAAACCUAUGUGCAAAAGACACAACAUGCAAACACCAGUGUGUCUACAUACACAGUACAGUCAUGCUACUGUUGAUUAAAACAAAACCUUUGAGCAGGUUUUGGGGGUAAAACUGUGACUGCUUCAUGGAGCUCUAACCCAUCUAUGUGUCCCUGUUCUGCAUGCACUGUAUGUGUUUCCCAGCAGAUAUCAACGAACCCUCAUCAAAUACUCACCCCCCUGCAGUCGAGUUGUCCCAACCUCAUCUCACCUCACUUCACUCCCACCCCACAGAGUCUUUAUUAAAGUGUCAGUGAUGUAGACACCUCUGACAGCUAGACAAUAUCCUCUGACCAAACACAGGAGGAGGCUCUCACCCAGCUGCCUCGAACCUCCUCUUGUUUGAACAGACAGCUUUCCAAAGACACCAGGUACCCCAGUAACAGCAGAGUUAUGGCAUCUGUUUCCAGUUUACCUCUUUUUAACAGACGCUGAAGAGCAAAGUAGAGCCACUUCAUAAUUUCAAUCUCAGUGUGAUAACCCAUUCCAGCACGUGAACAAGAGGAGAAACCAAGAAAAACCUUUGUCUUAGCACUUUAUAGGUGGCGACCAGCUUGGAGAACCACUACCACCUCCUAUCUUUAGCAUGUGCUCAUUCAAAAUACUAAUUUAUCUCUUUUCCUCUUUUAAAGGACAGUGAUUGAAAACACUGAUUUAUUUCAAGUUUCUAGGGGCUUAUACUGUCAUCAGAUAGUAAUCAUUAAUGAGUUCACAUGGGUGUUGGGGUUGCUCUGAUUGUAACCCUCGUGAGUUUGGCUAACCUUGGCUGGGAAAACAACAAACAGCUGUUUACAAUUCAUUUUACUGUCUUUUUUUCCUGUUUGUUUUUGUUUGCGAAAGGUAUUUCCUGCCUGUUUGGAACACCAGGAUUUGUUUCUUUCUGCACAGGGCAUUUUAGCAUUUCAAAUACCGACCUGAGGUAAAAACUGCAGAAAUUCAGUGCAAUCAAAAUCUUUAUCCCUCUUCAUCUUCCCCAUCGUGUUUGUCCUCCUCCGCUCUCAUGCACCCAAAAAGCUCUUCACAUUCCUCUGUUUCAUUUAUUUUAUCCAAACAUUUUAUAGUUUCCCUCUCACGAUGUGGUGACGCACUCUCAGGGAAAGGAGGAUAAGUAAUUCCCAGAAAGGAGAAAAGGGAGCUUUUGUCCACUUACUCAUCUGUCGCUGUUUUAUGAGACUGUUGGGAGAGUAUGUACCCGCUUUUAUAGGUUUUUCUCCUCUGUUGCGCUAAUAGAGGGUGACAACUGCUGAAACCCUCCUGGAAUAAACAACUGGUUGAUCCCCUUUAGGCUUUAACUUGGUCUGAUUUCAGUGGAAGCAAAAGGCAAACACAACUCCUGAUUGACAACAAAGGCUUUUUCAAACGACACAGCUCAGCUUGGUCUAUUUUCGAGACAUCUUGACAUGAUGGUUUCUACUUUUAGCUGCUUAUCAGAAGCAGCAAACACUCAAGUGGACACGUGUGUGCUAUAGAAAGAAACGUGCCUUGUGUAGCUGUGUGGUGCUGACUGAUGUGGGUUUGUGGGGCUGCCACCAGCUCGCAGUCAGAAGUGAUGAUGUCUUUGAAUUGGACUUCGAAUUUACAGGGAUGUCAAGAGUGACAGAGACUCAACCAGAGUGUCUUCAGUUCUUUGUAGAAACUGGAAGGAAAAUAUGAUAAUAACACAAAGUUUCUUUAAUGUCAGUUGUGUUUGCCAAGUCUGCUAAAGCUUGGACCUGGAAAUACUGGGACUCACAUUGUCUGACCUAAGUGCCAUGAACCUGGAGUGCAUGUUUCAGUUGUGUAAGGCUGCACAAUCUGUCUGUAUCCUGAUGGAAUUCUGAUAUCUUUAAUGAACUGUGGUCAUAAAGAUACUCAGGACCAGCUUUCUCAAACUGCUGCAGAUAGUUACCAUGUAAACGGAGUCAGUUAAGAGCCGCUGUAUAUUUACAUAAGCCUUUAUUGCCUGUGCAGACUCAAAUAUAAACCCUCUGACUCAAUGUAAAUGUUUGCUGUGUAGCAGCUGCUUGCAGCAAUAUUGACCUCUGUAGUAGAACAUUGCCUCUUAAAGCUUCCUGGUCGUGGUUAACCUCUGAAGAUUUCAGACCGGCUUUUAUCAGCUGGUUUCAUGAGGAAAAUAAGGGAAAGGGAGAGAGGGAGGGAUUUCUUUUUCUACACCUACUAAAAUGCCAAAAAUGUACCAAAGCUCACUUUGGGCAAACAGGAUUAAAGACAUUAUUCUGAUAAAGCUAAGUUUUCUAAAACCAGCCACAAACACAGCUUAAAGUUGACUUAAGUCAUCUGCCUUUUGUCUCACUUGUUUGAAAACACACCAUUGGUUAUGUCAUGAUGCAAUAAUAAUAGACAGUCAGACAGACACUUUUCUUGAAGAUGCACUUUCAUCAUCUCCUUUUUUGGAUAAGACAUCUAAAAGUCGAAGAAAGUCUGUAGCAAACAGCGGCAUUCAUAGAGGAAGGGAACUCCUGGUGGUGCAGGAUGCAGACUUCAGCUGUAAGUGUAAAAUGAUGGUAACCUCUGAUUUAGAAAGGUCUUGAAGCACUGCUGGAACCAAAUCCCAUUUAUGUCAGCAGCAUCUCAAGAUUCAUGGACCAACAGUUUACACACCUGUAUGACCAAGUGACCUAAAUCACCUUGGCUCUCCAAAGUUGCUUCUCUUUCUCCUCUGACCCAUUGAGUCUUGUUCUUCCUCUGUAAACUCUAAACACCAGUGGUCAAAGAAAAGGAUGGGUCAUCUCUUCUUUGCUAAGCCAGAUCACUAUGAUGAUCAUCUUAAAUGGGUUGCUAGGAUACCAACCCCCAAGCCACUGGUGGUAGUGGGUAGCACAAGACUUGGCAGACUGGUCAUAGAGAGUGAGAUUUUCCAAACCACAACAAUCAGCGUUAUUGUAAGAUGAGUGCAACUCCUGUACAGGUAGCUGGCAGGGUGGCUAGGCACAAGAAAGAGCUACACAUCUGCAUGGAAACGGCACAUUGCUGAAUUAAAUGUUUUCGACCAACAAGAGAUGCUUGCACACUCACGUCUUUAUUUAAGAAGGUGUCUGUUGUCCAAAAACAAAGCAGAGAUCAGUCAGCGUCAGUAUGCGUACACAUGAUGUUCUUACGCCUAAGUGUGAGUGUGUUUUUGCAUGCUUGUAUGUGUCAGAUCUCUGCCAUGUGAAGUGUUAAGCAGCAGUAUGUUCUGCCAAAAAAAACACCUUCAGAUAGAGCUGAGAGUUUACCAGAACCUCUACAGCCUGACUAUCAGGUUUCCCCCUCUGACCCACCGAGGACGCCUGAUGAUCGCGAUGCUUAAGCAGGGAAAGAUCCCCUCCCCAGUGCCAGACAUUCUGCAAUCCGUCCCCCUCCUCCUCUUCCUUCUCCUGCUGCUGCUGCUGCUGGACACACAAAUGAUUUUACCUUAUUUCCCAUCAUGCAUUUCCAGUCCAUCACCUCAAACCCCGAUGUCUCCCUCACCUUUUCAUACACGAUGAUAUUCUUUGCACUUUUCCCCUAUUCCCUGCCAGGUGUGUCUGUCAUCCCCGCUCAACACCAUACACACACACACACGCACGCACGCACACACACACACAAGCAUUCCUUUAUGAUGAGCUCAGUCAAACACGCACUGUUACACAUUUCUAGACAUUUCCUCGAGUGAGCACAGAGUGUGACUCACAGCAGAAGCAGUAUUUUGUUUUUACUUUGUGUGUGUGUGUGUGUGUGUGUGUGUGUGUGUGUGUGUGUGUGUGUGUGUGUGUGUGUGUGUGUGUGUGUGUGUGUGUGUGUGUGUGUGUGUGUGUAAGACAGGAGGGGUUACAGUAGUAGUUUAGCGUCACUGUCUUGCCAGGAAUUUAGACUUUAUGCAGCUGGAAAACUUUACAAUCAUUGCUGAGUGUCUCUGCUUGAUUUACACCUUUAUUUUUCUCUUUCUCUGUCUAAAAACCACAGAGAGUCGCAGUUUUAUUUUACAUGCACAGAAGUAAUAAUAUUUAUCCCAGAUAGCAAUUUAAUUGGUGUUUGCUUUUUGAGGAGUUUUUCUUCAAAAGCACCGAGCUCACGAGUCAAAUCAGGUACGAACUCUGAUAAUAAUUCAGACCUGCUACUUUAUCCACAUAAGCCCUUGUGUUUUAGGCUAACUUUAAGCCCUUUUUUGCCUUUAUUUUGAAGAGAUCACUGGAUGGAUCAGGAAACUCACACAGAGAUGGGGUGACAUGAGGGGAAAGGUGUCACAGGCUGUAAUCAAACUCGCUAGAGGAAAGGUGGCGUUGUACCAGAUUAGAGACAGAAAUCUGUGUUGAACCAACUAAAACACACAGAACUUUUGGGACUUUUAAGAGCGAAACAGACAAGUUAAAUAAAAUUAAAAUAAAAUGCUCAAUAAAUACAGAAAUUAAAAAGGAUAAAAGGAGGGAAAAAAGAGUAUAUCCACAUUAGUGUAUAAGUGCUUUGUAGUCUGUUGUAGCCCUGUCUAUCCUCAUAAUCUGACUGUACUCAUGAGUCUCCUCAUUGAGACUGAGUCUUGGACUUGAGUACUACAACACUGGGAGAUGAUGUUCAUAUGAAAAGAACAUCCCAAAAGCAUUUCUUUUCUCCCCAUAGAGAUAAUAAAUGUGAAUGACUCUGAGCCGUAUAUCUGUUUGGUCACGUCAUCUGUCCAUUUAUUUUUCUGAUCACUGACAGCAGAGACGAGCCGUCCAGAUGUCCCAAUUCUAGAUCCAAAGUUGAUGACGUGAUCUAAACACAGAACCAAAGCAGCAGAUGUAUCAGAGGUUAAAUGAUGCUCUCGAACAAACACAGAAAUCGGCCUCGUUUCUUUUGAUUCUGCUGUGACGGCCAAGUUUGAAACAUAACCAGCUGUUCGGAGACAUUUGUUUCCGCAGAGACGAGGAUUUCCAACAUGGCUGUCUGGGGGUGCCUUUCAGUCAAAACAACUCUAACCUUGAGAAAGUGUGCAAAGCUAUCACUGCUGCACUUUUGACCUUAGCCGUGUUGGUCUUUGCCAAAUGAGGCUGAUUAUCAACACACAAAGCUCUGUCUUCGUCUCUAACAGGGCCACAUGAGAGGUGACAGCUUGACCCAGAACCUAUGUGGGUCAGCAGCACCGUGUGAGAUAAAAGUAUCUGCUCUGGCCUGGGAUGAACUGUUUCCAUGCUGCUGAUUGUGUUUGAAGUGAGGGAAAAGCGACCAGAGAUGGGGAAUAGACUUGGAAAUUGAAACAUGAACUCAACAUGUUGAUGACGUUUGACGCUAUAACAGGAAGGCAGACAGCCCGGUUAUUCCCAGUCCAGUCCAGAACACGACUACUUUAUAGGUCUACAGCGUACUUUCUAUUUUCUGCUCCAACUGGCAGAGAUUAAAAGAAAAGAGAACAAUCGGUACCAUCACUAAGCCAAUGACACCCUCUUGAGUCUAUCAGACACAUCUUCCUUAGUCUUGUUGUCUGGCCUUUUCUGACAUCAAAUACUGAACAUUUUAAAACUUUUUUUAAUCUAAGAGACUCCAAAACAGAAAUAAUGAACCCCCAUCAACUCUUGGAGUGUCACCAACCACCUUAGAUCUAGUUUAGGCCACUCUCCUCCCAUGGAGAGGUGUUUUAAUAAAAUCUUUUUCAUAAAAGUCAAGUAUUGAAAGUUGUAAAGUCCUGUUUUUAAACUUCUUAGACUCACUCCCUUAUUUUAUUCAUAAUUACCUCAUCAUGAUUGUCAUUUAUUCUCUCAAGGCUGGAUUCCUGAAACCUUUUUAACUCUGGCAUCAGUUUGCCCAACAUUUUUAGGCUUUGUUUGGUUAUAGACGCUGCUGCUUGGCCUGCAACUACCAAGAAACAUGUACACAUCACAUUCAUACUUGCUGCUCUACACUGAUACCCAGUUUGAGAAUUGCUUUUAGGACUUUGUAUGCAUUUUCAAAUUCUCAAGGACAGGCUGCAUACUUAAAUUGGUCAAACUUCAUGAAUCGGGUUGAUAUUUUCCAGGUUUUUCCAAAAUCCAAGAGAAAAUUUGAUGAGUUAUCUGAUCUUAGAUGGCACAAAGAGCAUUUUUAGAUACAUUUUACUCUUCAUCAGGUUAAAACAGGACUGCAGUGAUCAUAUUCCUGGCUUUCCAAACACCUUUUCUGGCUUGUUCUGGGAUGUUUUGAAAGUGAAGUGCUCCACAGGUGCCCCUCCCAGUGGUCACCGCCAAAGGUCAAAUAUGACCUCAUGCUCCUUUACAAGCAGUAAAAGGUGUCACUGUGUUUUUUGUCAUUAACUGUUUGUACUGUGUGUGUUUCAGAGUAUUGAGCGAGAGGAGCCAAUAGAGGUGGACCCCGCCCCAACACAUGCUACGCUAGAGAACGGACACAUUGCCACAGCAGGUAACACACACUUUCUACAAUUUAUGUCAUCGUUUGUGGUUACAGUAAGUCUGCAGGACAUAAAGUGCAGUUUUAUUGGUCAUUUCUGCUGAAGUGACUGGUGUGAUAUCAUCAGAGGUUACGGUCAAUGUUUUGAGACUCUUUAACAGAGAGCCUGUGUCACAACGUUCAGUACAAGGACAUAAAAAGCUGUUUUCAUGUUGUAGUAAUGUGAUCAUGUUCAAUCUUUUAUAAGCAGAACAUUCAACAUUGGUACACGGAAAGAUCUCACCACCUAAUGACUUCCCACAUGAGCACACGGCCCCCGUCGCCAUGCGGAUGCCCCACCUCCCCAUCACCGCCACAACCAAGACAGCUGAAAUGAAGGGCCCAGACUCUCCCGGCAGCCCUAUUGGCUCCAGGUCCUCCCCAGUCCUUGAGGUCACACCAAGCAGCCAAUCAGCUGUCAGAACCAACCAAAACCAACCAAUAGAGGAGUCUCCAAUUCAACCAGGUGACCUAUUUCAAUAUGCUUAUUGUAGUCUGUAGUGACAUCUAUCAUUAGUUUGUGGAGAGGUGUUAAAAGCCCAAUGAUGAUGGUCUUCUCAUCAUGUAACAAUCCUUUUUUUCUCUGUUACUGCAAGUCUCCUCAUGGACACCAUCACCGGUCAGAGCUCUGGGGUCUCCCCGCCUUCAGGGUGAGUCAUACUCUCAGACUGUACUGUGUUUAUAAAGAUGAGCAUGGCCUCUUGUCUUAAAGGGAUAUUUCGGCAAAAAAUUAAUUUAGAGUCAAACACACGGUAACACAGAGAUAGACACCCCCUCGAGAUGAAUGUUGCCGACCACUUGCUUCUUGAGUUAUACCAACUUUAGCAAUGACCACACGAUAGCAAUAGACAGCGGUCUGAGGAACCAUAAACAAACCUCAACCAAAAAGCCACUCUAUAGCCACAAAUAAGGCUCAGAACAGCACUUAACUUCAUCAACAGUACUUAUAGGGUCGAAGCUAUAGUACUAGCCAUAAAACAUCUUUUUAACUUUGCCCAAUUUCUUUUACAAAGAGUCUAAACACAACUCACCUACUCUCUUCCAGCAGCCGCUUGUUUGUAGCAAGACCUGAUCAGUCCAUUACAGACUGAAGCAGGGUGACACAGCUAAAGGAAGAACAUUAUUCAUUUCUUAAUGGAGAUGCAAUCAGACCAAGACGCUAAGGCAGGAGAACUACCGUGCCUGCAGUGCAAAAUGAUUAAUAUGGUGAUUAUUACUUCAAGAAAAUUAUGAAGUAACAAUCAUAAAUGUUCUUCCCUGAGCCGCGUCACCCUGCUUCAGUCUGUAGUGGACUGAUCAGGUCUUGCUACAAACAAGCUGCUGGAAGAGAGUAGGUGAGUUGUGUUUAGUCUCUUUGCUAAAGAAAUUAGGCAAAGCUAAAAAGAUGUUUGGUGGCUAGUACUAUAGCUUCGACCCUAUACGUACUGUUGAAGUUAGGUGCUGUUCUGAGCAUUAUUUGUGGUUAUAGAGUGGCGUUUUGGUUGAGGUUUGUUUAUGGCUCCUCAGACCUCUGUGAAUUGCUAUCGUGCGGUCGUUACUAAAGUUGGUAUAACUCGAGAAGCAAGCAGUCAGCAACAUUCAUCUUCCUAGGGAGGGUCUAACUCGGUGUUAUCAUGUGUUUGACUCUAACUUAAUUUUAUGCCAGAAUGUCCCUUUUAAAAUGCCACUAUAGAUAGUGCCAACAUCCUGCUCUUUUCUUCAUAACCAGCUGGGAGCAGUUCUAUUAGACAUAAUCAUAUUUAGAGUCAAAUAGACUCUAAAUCAGGGUUUUAUUUUUGGGUCUGGCUUUAAAUGUCUAAUUAAGCCAUUUAAACUUGAAUGACCUGUUACAUUUUUGGUCUUAAUAUGAUCACCACUGACUUUAAAAAACACAUGGCGUGGCCAAAAUGUCCCUCUUGAGUCUUCAAAAGAGUAGUUCACUAACCAAUAGAUCACUUCACUUUGGCUACUCCUUUCCCUUUUAAAUGCAAUGUAUCUGACAUGUGUGCUGUCCUGUUUUACAUCAUGCAAAAUACAAAUUUCUUACUGUUACUGUUUCUCCUUUGCAGAGAAAGCAAGUUCAGUCCCUGCUAAGUCAGUGACCUACUCUGGACUGCUGCAGCAUGAGAGGUGAGGGACUCAUGACAGACAUCUUUAAGAGUUUGUUGGAAAUGUUUUGUAUCAUAUGAACCUCCUCUGCUUCCAUCCAUCCAUCCUGCAGGGAUGGUGAUAUGAGCGCUGAUAGGUCCUUUGGGCAGGUUGGAGAGAGGAGGCGAGAGCUGGUGAGGUCUCAGACUCUACCUCGUAACAUCGGCGCUCAAGCUCGUCGGUCCAUCUUUGAGAGACUGGAGUCUGAAGCCAACAACAGGUUAUUGUAAUGCAGUGGUACAUCUGUAUCACAUACAAGCUUUUAAUGCAUGAACUGUAACCUAACUUGAAACCUUUGUGCACCCGUGCAGUCGCCCUAAACCUGUUGACUCCAAACCCAAGCUGAAGAGGUCCCAGAGUUUUGGGGUUUCCAGUGCCAGCAGCAUCAAACAGAUCCUUCUUGAAUGGUGUCGCUCAAAAACCAUCGGAUACCAGGUAAAACCCCCAAAACAAACCUGCAGAUACAGCAUCAUCAACAUUCACUACAACUGCUUAAUUUGACAGAUUUAGUGUUUAUUUAGGUUUUCAUUUUAUAAUUUUAGUCAUUUCCUUAUUCACUUACUUUUUGGAUGAUCUAAAAUGUUUAUGUAGUUUUUCAUAAAAAUGCACCAUUUUCAGUUAAUUAGAGGCUCUAAAUGAUUUGCAAACCAUCAAAUUCUGUUUCUAGCUACAUUUUACACAGCUCCUGACUUUAAUAAAAUAAGGGAUGUUGUAACUUCGUCAAUAAGUAUUUAGGUUAAACAUAAAAAAUGGUUGUUGAGCUUGAAAUGAGAUGAAUAAUCAGUUUUAAACGAGUCCGUCUGUCGUUUAUGUUGCCUUCACCUGCAAGCACACAUGCAGUGCUAAUGUGUUUAUUGUCUGCCCCUGAACUGUGGAUGUACACAGGAGUCUGUGUCCUCAAGUGUGUUCUUUAGGGGCUGAGGGUUCAGGGUUGAGCUGCUUUUCGUCAUGGUUGAAAACAUCUACACAUUUUUUCAUUCUUGUACCCUUUUCCACACAGCAGCCUGUGCCAGCUGCUCCAUGUGGCUUUGGUUACAGUCGAGCCGGGCAAAGCCAAGAGUCUUAUUAACUGGAAGCAAACACACUCACACGCACAGGAGAGAGAGGGAUGUUCUGUCGAUUACUUUACAUGCUGCAUUUUAUUCAAAGCGAACUCCAGACUAAUGAGGCAGAGCCUCAAAAUGACAUGAUGUCAAAAGCAUGUAACAGACCAAAACAGGCGAGGAGGGAAGUCUGUUUUUUCCAUCAUAAUUAUGGGCCAGACAGUGACUGAGGAGAUGGCUUUAUGAAGCUGCCAGUCACUUUUACAACUCGUGUUGCCUUACCUCCUUAAAUCUCUUGACUCUUCCUGCUUCCUUCCACUAAAGCAUUCAUGCACCCUUUCCAUGUCAUCACCAAAUCUCCUUUUCUUCUGUGUCUUUUUUUCCCUGCAGAACAUAGAAAUCCAGAACUUCUCGUCCAGUUGGAGUGAUGGGAUGGCCUUCUGCGCUCUGGUGCACUCCUUCUUCCCCACUGAGUUUGACUAUACCGCUCUGUCCCCUGCCAACCGGAAACUCAACUUUGAGCUGGCCUUUGGGACCGCUGAGUGAGUUUACUGUUGCUAGGUUAUGAUGGUUGUUCUGCAGCUCUUCCACUUCCAUUAGUAGUGACUGUUGAGUGUGUUUUCAAAUGCACUGUUUGCUUCAUUCAAUGGGAUUAAUCUAAAAAAAUCAAUUUAAAAAAUCAUAAAAUAUUAAAAAUCGUUUCAUAUUAUUAACAGCAGCUCUAGACCAGUGUAUUGCCUGUGCCAGUGCAGUUACUUCUGUCGUGUAUAGACCGACACCAUCGUUAUGAACAAAGAUGCAAUCAGAAGUACCACCCCUUUUGAUUCUGAUUGGUCAGUAAUCAAGCCCUUGUCGAAUCAGCUGUCAGGAAUUCCUUGGGGAAUGUUUUUUAGUUAGAAAGACUUUGAAAAAACAGUCACAGAGUGAUGGAAAAAAACAUGAAACCAAAGCUAAAAUUUUUUAUGCUUGAUAUGAUUGCAGUCUUCCAGGGUCUUUGACUAGAGUUGUGUCCAUAGCAACAGUAUGCUAUCAAGGAAUAACAGACUGCCGUCAUUGAAUAUUGACCUAUCACAUUUAAGCAUGUAACAAAGCCGCUAAUUAAAUCCUCCUGAAUGUUAGUAGAAGAGAAAUACUUAUAUCUGUGUGUUUUAACAAAAUCAGAAAACAAAGUUUUUAAUUUGUGUGUGUGUGUGUGUGUGUACAGAUUGACUGGCAGGCCUAUUUUAAGAAAUAUAACACCAUUUUUCAUCUUAUGAUUUAACCUCAUGGGAGAGGGCAAAUAAAUUAUUGCCCAAUUUAUUAUCUAAACCCAGACUAGAGUUGAUCUUUGAUUUAUUUUAAGUUGGUCUCAUUAUAAAACAUCUGUGGUUUCUUUGUUUUAAUAUCUAUUGGCUAAAAUUGAAUCUACAAUUGGAGUUUGGACUGCACUGUGGCUGUAUUCAUCUUAAUGUCUUUUCUUUGUUCUGUUGUUUUAUAGCCCUCUGUGGUGUAGUGUUUUUUAAGUUUAAGCACAUAAAAUAGCAUGCAGAUUGUGUUAGGCCUUAUUCCUGCCUGUUUUUCCUUUCAUGUUUGUCCUCCAUGGCUUCACAGCACACAGCUUAUUGUUUUCAGACACAGAUACACAUGCACAUAUAGGCUGCACACUAUAGAAUAGACAUUAAACAGACCCGCAGUGUAACAUGUAAUGUAUGUGAGGGCUUAAAGACCACCAGAGAACGUGUUAUUCUUCAACACUGCUGCUGAAUUAAGCUGAUUUAACAGAGCGCCACUAUUCAGCUUUAUGUUUGACCUCUUAAAGAGAUCACACAGUAGAGACUUACGGGGCAUUUAACGUAUAUGAAUGAUUACUUUAACUACUUACUAUACUACAAAAAACAUGUUUGUUACAAUGUAUGGAAAAGUUCAGAAAAAACAUCUGAUAUAGAUUAUGGCUUAAGAAAGGUCAGAUGUAUAUAGGAGGCUGAUAGUGUCUGUUUGUAGUUGUUUCACUUCUUUUAUCAGAAAUACAAGUUCAGUAAUGUCUAAUAAUCAAAUAAUAUAUAUAUAUAUAUAUAUAUAUAUAUAUAUAUAUAUAUAUAUAUAUAUAUAUUUUCUUUCUGAUGGAAAUAGCAACAUUUAUUGUCAGGGAUUACAUAUGGUGGUUGUGGUUAUGCUAAUGUGGGUGAUAAGAGGGAUUGGAUUUAAAGAUGCUGUUAAUUAUUGAAAAACUAUUUCCUGCUGCCCAAGCCUGUGCCCUGUUGUGUUUAUGUUUAUUUAGUGUCUGUCUCCUUCACUCAGCUCUUUGUGUUUUGACACCUCCUGCUAUUUUCUGUGCUGUGUUUCUCCUCAUGCCCUCUUUUCUUUGCCGCUAACUGAUCAGCCACAACGACUAAUCUCAAGUCUUCAGCCAUGUUGAUUGACAUCAGCACAUCAUCAUCAUCAUGUAUCAUUGAAAUCUGGAAAGUAAAUACACCUUUUCAGAGAGGAUUUCACUGAACAAACUGGUUUAUUUUAUUCACCAACAUGAAAGAAAAUGUUGAUAUUUUAAUAUAUACAAUAACCAAUAGACAAUAAAUUAAGUUUCUUAUAAUCAUAUGUAUAAUUUUUGAAUCUUAAUAUCUAGUUCAGCUGACUCACUCUGAUCAAUUUCUCCAUUUUUGUUUGUGCAGGAAGAAGGCAGGCUGUGAUCGGCUGAUCGAGGUGGACGACAUGAUGAUCAUGGGCCGAAAACCAGACCCCAUGUGUGUCUUCACCUAUGUCCAGUCCCUUUACAAUCACCUGCGCAAGUUUGAGUGAAGAAUAAAACCUUUUUGACCUUCAGCCUCCACUGCACCAGACUCUGGGCAGAGGAGGUGAUCCAGAGCUGCAGGGGGAGCUCUGUGAAAAGACUGCACUGCCUCCUGGUGGUGGAUCAAUAAACAUUCCUCCACAUGCUGCAGGAGGAGACUUUACACAUCACCUCACAGGUACACACAGGAUGGUGACUGUCUGUGGAAGAAAACUGUGUGUCCUGUGGAGUAAUGAAGAAGAUAACUCACAAAUAUCAGGGUUAGUUUGUUUUAUGUAUGUGUGUUUAUAUUUUUGUUUGUUUGUUUGUGAGUGUAGUCCAGACAUUUUGGACAGAGUCUGACUAUUGCGGUGUUGUACGAGUGUUCAUUUUACCUUUUAAUGUUGCACCAGUAGAUGAUGUAUGUUUCACAAAUGUCACUGAAUCACUGAGCUGUAGGUUUGUGAUGAAACAGCAAAAAAAAAAGAGGAUGCGUUGGCUGAUUGUCAACUAAUAUUUACGUCCACAAGUGCUGUGAUGUGUAAAAUCUAAUAAAUUGUACUGUUUGACACCA